AUGGCAUCUAAAGAAAUCUUUGUUGUGAAAGGAGUACCGUUAGUCUUUUAUGUAAAAUUUGAAGUACCUGAUAAAAACACAUUAGAACAAUCAAUAACGGAACAUGGUGGCAAAACUAUAGAAAGACCAAGUGAUGCACAAUGGAUCCUAGCGGAUCCAUUGAAAAUACAAAGCGCUGUACAUAAAGGAAAAACGUUGUCUUAUAAAAUUAUUAUUGAUUCAAUAAGAAACAAAGAAAGGACCGAGUUCACACUUCAAGAUGAUCUUUUUUUAGAACAUUUUCUUAUAACCAAAGCUGAUAAUCUUCGUGGAAGAGUAAUAUAUAAAGAGCUUGAGGAAUUAGUAAUUAUGAAUGAUAGACAUACAUGGGAAUCAUGGAGACAUCGUGCAGUCAGAUUUGUUAUUCCAAGAAUGGAGAAAAAAGGAAUGCUUGAUUUGAAAAAAAAAAAUUACCAAAUCAAAUCAGCCUCUUAA